AUGCAGUCAAAGAACGAUUAUGUCAGCUGUGACAGCAACCCCUUGCUCAUCAACAGUAAACUUGCAGGUGUUGUCGACAGUGACUCCGGAUGGUCGCCAGACGACACACAAGCCUGUGCUCAUAGUGAACCUCUAAUCUUUCCCGAGGAUGACGAAUGGUGCCAAAAUUUUCCUGCAAACACAAACGAAGACCUGGAGGAAUUACUGAAGUUAAUAGACAGUUCAACCCUCUUCUGUGACUCCAACUUUCUAGAAGGGGAUCAACUCAGUUUUUACGAAACCACAGAAAGCGAGGGAGCGAGGACAGCGAUAAAGAAAGAGGAAUCGUACAGCUCAGAGUUCUACAACGACAAAAGUCUCGAUGUAGCUCCCAGCCUUUCCCCGGAGCCUCCCUGUGACGCCCUCGGGAAGAUCAGCACCAAAUCCAGGAAGAAGGUACGCGGCCCUAAGAACUGGGAGUUCAUGAUUCGUCUACUGAUGGACAAGAGGUACAAUCCAGAACUAAUCCGAUGGGAAGACGAGGCCGAAAAAACCUUCAGACUGGUCAGGCCUGACAUCAUUGCCCAGAUGUGGGGGAAGCGAGCGAACAAACGCUGCCUAUCCUACAACAACUUCGCACGAGGACUGAGGUACCAGUACACGACCGGAGCUCUCAAACCCGUUCCCGAGAAGCAGCUGGUGUAUAAGUGUGGACCGAAAGCUCUUCAGUUCUGGAGGGAUAUACAGCGAGAGAAUUCCUGAAGACCCCUGAAGAAAAGAAAACAAAAGAAAAAAACUUUGUAUACGGAAACAUAAAUGCCCUUCGACUAAAACAAACAAAGAUUAUCCCAUCCUCACUCCAUCUCAUUACAUCACUUAGUAUACCUUCGUCAUUAAUAUUUCAUAAUAUCCAUCAACACUGCUAUCAUACUUAAAUAAAGGCAGUACGAACCUCU